AUGCGUUUCUCCUUCACUCUUUUCUCUCUUCUCGCCGGGUUGGCGCUCGUCUCCGCGCAGGGAUUCGGGGAUGAUUUAACCGACAUCGAGGCCCGCGAUUUCGACGAAGGCCUUGCUGAAGCUCGCGAGUACUACGACUUCGACCUUGAAAGCAGAGACUUUGAAGACUUGGAUGCCAGAGAUUUCGAAGAUUUGGACGCCAGGGAUCUUGAGGAGUUCCUCGAAGCCCGAGAUUAUGAAGACAUCCUAGAAAGCAGGGGCUUCGACGACUUCGAUUUGGAUGCCCGCGAUUACGAGGACUUGGAUGCUUGA